GGGAAAAAAAAAUCAAACACAGAGUAAAACUACAAUGUUUUUAACAACAACACAACACAGAGCAAAGAAAACUCUUCUGGAAGAACCAAGAUGAUAUGAUCAAAUUCAACUCAUUUAUGGGUUUUCUAAGGUUUUUUUUUUUAUUGUAUGUGUGUUUACUUAGUUAUUGAAUGACAUUUAAUGUCUUCUUCACAAUAGACUCCACUCUUCUAUUAAUGAAGACAACAUGAAAUGUGUGAAUUUAAAUGGUAAUUCUUGUCUGAGCAUCUCACUACAUAGGUGAGGCAAAGCUGAGGACAAAUGGCAGAGGAGCCUUCGGAGGAGGGAAGUGAGGCCAGUGCUGAGGUUUCUCACACCACAGACACACCUCACCCUUCUCAUCAAAGGCUCGGAGAAUUGCUCUUAUUAUGAUAAUCUAAAUCAGUGGGUAAGAAACUGCCCAUGUAAAUGACCCAAAGUUAACUAACCCUGCCUUUGGCAUCUCCAUUAAGCAGUCAGAGGGAAAACCAACAAGCUCCACAGCACAAUCUACUGAUAAACACCCCACUACAGCAAACUUCACAUGAGGACUAUGGGUAAAAUUUCAUCAACAACAAGGAUAUGCAAAGUGACCACAAAGACUCAACACAAUCACAGAGCUUCAAAAAUGGCCACAUACAUCCUUAAAGAGACCCAAAACAACUACAUAAUGACACAGAACAAUGAUCAAGACACGUAUAACUACCAGAAACAGAAAAAAUACUCCAGUGCAUGGAAAUAUCUUCACAACAACCAAAAAGAGAUGCAACAGAAUGACAGAUUCAAAAUGGCCUUAAAAAACUACAAAGACAUACCAAGCAUUCACAAGCAUUGUAUUUGGCGCAUGUAUCUUUAAGGAAAUGUCUUUAUUUUCCAGAAAAUUUCCGAGCUUUGUGCACUGGAGAGAAAGGUUUUGGCUACAAGGGCUCCAUGUUUCAUCGUGUCAUCCCUCGCUUCAUGUGCCAGGGAGGAGACUUCACCAACCAAGACGGAACUGGAGGUAGAUCCAUCUACGGAACGAAGUUUGCUGAUGAGAACUUCCAGCUGAAGCACAUGGGCAUUGGAACAUUGUCCAUGGGGAACACUGGGCCCAACACCAAUGGAUCACAGUUCUUCAUCUGCACAGCGGAAACUGACUGGCUCAACGGGAGGCACGUGGUGUUUGGUUUUGUUGUGGAUGGCGUGGAUGUUGUCAAGGUGAUAGAGAAGCAAGGGACACACAGCGGCACUCCUUCAGCCAAGGUUGUCAUCACCGACUGUGGUGAACUACCAUAGUGCGUCUCCUUCGCUUCGGCCUGCUCUCCUUUAUCAUCCCAGUUAAACUCUAAGCUUCAGCGUAUCAACAGUAACGCUAGAAAAACACCCAGGGAACCCACUUUCUCCUCUUUAAAACAUGUUUGUUUACUGUCUUGACAUUUGAUCUGUAAUAUUUUGUACCUUCUAAUCUGUCCUUUAAGGGCCACAUUUGGUAACAAAAUCAAAAUAAAAUGACGAUGGUGUAAACAAAA